GUAGGAAUAUUAAUUUUUAGAAAAAUAAUUUGACUACUUAUCAGAAAUAAAUUUAAAAAAUAUAUUGCGCGUGGCGAACCUGCCAGCCAUUUCCGCUAUUUGCUUUGUCAUGAGGUGACGUUUCGUUUACUACGUUUGCUUCAAUCUUGACAAGUUUAAGGUGUGUUCUCGAAAAGCGUUUAUUAAAAUCAUUUAGAAAAUUAACUGAAAUAAAAAAUUAAGUUUAACGAACUGCCCGGAUUGCCCCUUUUUCCCCGAAUCGAACGUAAUUUAUCCUGAAAUAAUUUUUUAGGUUAGAAAAUCCUUGAAAAUCGAGGUGAAUUUGUUGCACCCGUUGCACCUCAUCCAAGUUUCAAUUUUUUUCAAAGAGACUUUGUGUGUUUGUCAAAAACUGAAAACACCACCAUCGUCCAUCAGGUGAUCAGGUUUAGAAUCAGUUUAGAAUCAUGGGUUUGACUAUCAGCAGUGUGUUAACUCGACUUUUUGGCAAGAAGCAAAUGAGAAUUCUUAUGGUUGGCCUCGAUGCCGCUGGUAAGACGACCAUACUUUACAAAUUAAAAUUAGGCGAAAUUGUUACAACCAUUCCGACAAUCGGCUUUAAUGUUGAAACCGUCGAGUACAAGAACAUCUGUUUCACGGUGUGGGACGUUGGUGGCCAAGAUAAGAUUCGACCACUUUGGAGGCACUACUUUCAGAAUACCCAGGGCCUUAUUUACGUAGUGGAUAGUAAUGAUCGAGAACGCAUUAGUGAAGCGGAGAAGGAACUGGCCAACAUGCUGCAAGAAGAUGAGUUGCGGGACGCGGUGCUUUUGGUGUUUGCCAACAAGCAGGACUUGCCAAAUGCAAUGUCAGCCACAGAAUUGACGGAUAAGCUCGGUUUGAACUCGGUUCGUGGACGACGCUGGUACAUUCAGAGUACGUGUGCCACUCAAGGCCACGGCUUAUACGAAGGACUCGAUUGGCUCUGCAAUGAACUCGCCAAAAAGUGAUACAAUUCCAUAAAAUCGUCAAGCAAGUACUUUCCAAGCUCUGGCUACAUCAGCGGUGAUGCCAAGACACAAAGCGUCAUUUUUUGCAAAUCGAGCAAAAUUUGUUAAUGACUCUUUUGUUAAUGACUCUUUUUAGUAUCAUAAUAUAGUGACAGGGGAGAUAAAUUGAGAUUUAUUUAAUCUCAAAGAUGCACAUUAUUUGUAUCGAUCCGAUUUUUUAAAGAAACUUUCGUGCAGCAAUCCGUUUUGUAUAAUCUUUGUACAUACAUUUGUACUACAAAACACCUUUAUUAAUACCAACACCUUUUUCUAUAAUUAUCUAGAGAUUUAUAUAUUUCAUUCAUUUUUCUCCUUCAUCGAAUGGAAUUUAUUCAGUAAUAUUUGAAUAUAUUUUUCCUUGUUAAUGUUUUUUAGGGAUCGUUAAAAAAUAUUUGUGAAGACCAAAAUUAUUCUUUAAAAACAAAGCUUAUGUCUGUAUGAGGUGAACAUUUGAAAAACAUAUUGUAGUAUAAGGUGUUUCAUUUUUAUGAAAAAGAAAAUUGUCUUUUGCAUUUUAAGAUAUUAGUUUGUAAGUCUAUUGAGAAUAAUAAACUACGAAAUAGUUCGAGUUA